ACCACGGUGGGAGCAGGACCUCCGAGAGGAGAGAAGCAGGGAAGCAGGGCUUGUUUUAUCUGUCCGGCCCGUUUUUAUCAGUGUUUUUUUUGACAGCUCUUCCAGGAGAAUUCCCUGUAAACCGAGAAAACUUCGCGCAGACAGACACCAAAAUGGAAAUAGAGAAGGAGGUGAAGAAGAUGACCCUUGGCCAUGAGUUUGGCGCUGGAGCGGCUUGUUUAAAAUGCAAGGACAAGUGCGAGGGCUUUGAGCUGCAUUUCUGGAGAAAAAUAUGCCGGAAUUGUAAAUGCGGCCUUACAGAGCAUGAUGUGUCGAUGAAUUCGGAAGAGAACAAGAAGGUAGGCAAGUUGUUCGAGGACACCAAGUACACUGGCCUCAUCGCCAAGCUGAAGACGGAUGGCAUUCCCAGAUACCAAGCCAACAUGGUGACCAUCACUCUGCCCAGCCCUGCCACUGCUUACACAGUCCCACCCAGUGCCUCCUCCACCAUUGUGCCUCCCUCUGCCACAGCUGGAUCUGUACAACCUGCUGGAGCCUCUGCAGGUUUGGCACCCAGCAGCGCUCAUCCUCAGGCUCAUCCUCAGGCUCAUCCUCAGGCUCAUCCUCAGGCUCAUCCUCAGGCUCAUCCUCAGGCUCAGGUUCAGCCUACACCAGCUGGUGUUACACCGCUCAAGGCUAACAAAGUCCCGGUCACUGUCAGUGCCACAUCAGCUAAUGCGACGGCAGUUCCCAAAGAUGUACCAAUGAAGUCUGUCACCUAUGAGUGGGCACCACCAGUAGCCAACAAGUAUAUGGCAGUGCGAUACAUUGAGCUGCUCCCACCAGAGAAGCGUCCAGUGGCUGGUACAGAGGGAGCAGCUUACCGUCGGCAGCAGAUGGCCCGUCAGCUGCCUGAACACGACCAGGACCCAUCCAAGUGCCAUGAGUUGAGCCCUGCCGAAGUCAAGAAAAUGCAGCAGUUUGUUCGCAAGUACAAGGAUGAGGCCCUGGGGGUUGGAGAUGUCAUGCUGCCCGAGGAGAUGGCUCUGGUUAAAGCAGGAGGACAGGGUGGAGCUGGUGUGGGAGCUGGUGUGGGAGCUGGUGUGGGAGCUGGUGUGGGAGCUGGUGUGGGAGCUGGUGUUGGAGCUGGUGUUGGAGCUGGUGUUGGAGCUGGUGUUGGAGCUGGUGUUGGAGCUGGUGUUGGAGCUGGUGUGGGAGCUGGUGUGGGAGCUGGUGUGGGAGCUGGUGUUGGAGCUGGUGUUGGAGCUGGUGUGGGAGCUGGUGGUGACUUUGGGCCUGCUGGAGCCAGAGCCGGAGCUCUAGCUGGAGCUGGUGGUGCUGCACCAUUUUCAGGGCCUGGGAUUGGACCCUCCGCUGACUAUGCGCCUGCUGGAGGAGCCAUGGGUACAUCUGCCACUGCUGGAGCCAUGAGUGUCCCUGGAUCUCAAGGUGGACUACCACAACAACAGAGCUUUUCGUGUCAUCAUUGCCAGCAGCCCAUGCGUAUGGGUGAGCCAGCGGUCUAUGCUGAGCGGGCCGGCUACGACAAGCUGUGGCACCCAGCAUGCUUUGUGUGCUGUAACUGUAAUGAACUGCUGGUUGACAUGAUCUACUUCUGGAAGAAAGGCAAGAUGUACUGCGGACGCCAUUAUGGAGACAGCGAGAAGCCACGAUGCGGAGGCUGUGAUGAGCUGAUCUUCAGUAAUGAGUACACUCAAGCUGAGGGCCAGAACUGGCAUCUUAAGCACUUCUGCUGUUUCGACUGUGACUGCAUCCUGGCUGGAGAGACAUAUGUUAUGGAGAAUGACAAGCCUGUCUGCACAACCUGCUACAUGAAAAACUAUGCUGUGAAAUGCUCAGCCUGCCAGAAUGCGGUGGAGCCUGAGGCCCAGAGAGUUUCCUACGGUGAACACCACUGGCACGCCGAGCCGCAGUGCUUCAAGUGCUCUGGCUGCUCCAAGUGCCUGAUCGGCCAACGCUUCAUGGCAGUGCAGAACUUCCUCUUCUGCUCCAUGGAGUGCAAGAAGAAAACCAUGGCUUAGAGGGCCAAAGCAACUCCCUCAUCUUCUCCAUGACCACUUGUGAAACCAGGACGGGUUCAGCUAAACCUAAAGCCAGACCAGAGAAAACAAACACUGCAGCUGCACAAGGGCAGAGAUGGGUUGUGGUUGUGUAACAUGAUAUAGUGCCUGAUACCUUUGAUGUAAAGAUUUUUGAGCCCGUUAGUAUUUGGAUUCUCUUUGUUGCCUGUCCACGGAAGACCACAGUGCUGAUAGAUGUCGCAGUGUCAGAGUGAGUAACCCCCAGGGUUCUACUGUCCAUUUUUGUCUUCAGCCUUUGAGUUUUUUUGUUGAUUUUGUUGCACUGCUUUUUUGUUUUUUAAUCACAGAUGAGAUUAUUUCUUUUGUUAAACCUGUAUUAUUUGUGCUGUUCCAUCUUUACACUGUUGAUUUAAUGUGCCACUUUAUACUGUAACCUCCACUCAAAGAAAAACUACUGAUGCCCAUUCUUCUCUAUGCAUCUGUAUUGCAAGAAGUAUUAGCAGGUGUGGGGUUGACUGAAUUUAAGUUAUAAAAGUAAAUAACCAGCUUAACGGUUGUAGCUAAUUUAAGGUUCUUGAUUAAAUUUAGCUGCCAGGAUUUCAGUGAGAGAUUUGGAAAUUGCCCCAGCUCUGAUAACAGUAUAUCAGUCUACAGCUAGCACACUCUUUACACAUCUUUUAUUGUAUUAGCCACUGAAGUUAUUUAGUAGCAUUUCUGUAGUAUUUUAAGGGAGCAAAACAGCACAAAUGGCUUCCUGUAUGCAAAAUUAGGAAAUAGUUUCUGAUAUGCAAUUAAGUGGUGUAUCUACCAGUUGUUUCUAAUACCACCUUCCUCACAUAUGUUCAUGUUGGUUAAGACAGUCUUAAAGAAUGGAUUAAACACCUGUCUGUUACAGUGUUAACAUGAUGUGCACAAACAUAUGGUUACUAUAGUUGGCUGUCUUUGAAUGCACAGGUGUUUCUUUCAUUAUUAUUUGUCUAACUGGAUUGGCAUUGCUGCCAAUAAAGUGGUCUAUAGCAUUGGCUGUAAAUAUAAAUCUACUGAUAAAUAAAGUUUACAAGCAAAACAAAAUGUGUUCAUUGUAAAUGAAAGAAAAAUAUACUCAUGCAUUACAUCAAAUGUGUAUUCUGACUGCAUAAUUAAUGAGGACUUUUCCAAAGAAGGCGUAUUUAAGGAGUUCGGCAGCACAGAAGCUUGUUCCAGAAGCUGGUGUGUUUUUUGCUUGCCAGAAUGCAGUGGAGCUACACAACAACUGCCUGCUAUCCAGCUCUUGUAGAGGAAGAAUGACCGGUUUAGCACAGUACACAAAGUCUCACAUUAAAUCUUUCUUUUUCAUUAUUUUUGUUCCAUGUGUUUUACUUUCAUCAAUAAACUGCACUUUAACCCUCA